AUGAUCGCCGUGUCCAUCCCCGCGGCCGAGCCCGCGGCGGCGCCGCGCGGCCCCGAGCGGCCGCACACGGUGUUCCGCGUGGAGGUGCUCUGCAACGGCCGGCGACACACGGUGGCCAAGCGCUACAGCGAGUUCCAGGCGCUGCACAAGCGGAUCAGGAAGAGCUGCAAGGUCCCCGACUUCCCGCCCCGCCGCGUCCCCAACUGGGUGCCCAAGGUGCUGGAGCAGCGACGGCAGGGCCUGGAGCUCUACCUGCAGGGCGUCCUGACCCACAACGCGGAGCUGCCCCCGGAGCUGCUCGACUUCCUCCAGCUGCGGCCGCAGGAGCCCAAGGGCGGCAGCCCCACCCGCCGCCCGGCCCCACGGCCCGUCCUCAGCUUCCGCCGAGACCCCUAUGCGCGGCCGCCCGCCCCGGAGCUGCUGCCCGACGCGGUGCUGAGGGGGGUCCUGCAGGGCCUGUACGGCCCCGCGCGCCGGCCCCGGUGCCACGCAGCGCCCCCGCGCCCCACGGGGCUGCGGCCGGGCCUCUGA